GGGAGAAGGAUAGGGUGCACCUCGAAAUGGCUCGGAUGCAAGAUGAGAAGAGAGGGGGCGUGCCCUUGGUGGCGGAAGGAAAGUCGGAUGCAGAGAUUAAGCUCAUUCUGUACCACUGGACGCAUUCCUUCAGCUCCCAAAAGGUGCGCUUGGUAAUUGCUGAAAAGGCAUUGAAGUGCGAGGAACAUGAUGUAAGUCUGCCCCUCAGUGAGCACAAUGAGCCUUGGUUUAUGCGUUUGAACUCAACUGGAGAAGUGCCUGUCCUUAUCCACGGGGAAAACAUUAUUUGUGAGGCCACUCAGAUCAUUGAUUAUCUUGAACAGACUUUCCUGGAUGAAAAAACACCAAGGUUAAUGCCUGAUAAAGGAAGCAUGUAUUAUCCACGAGUACAACACUACCGAGAACUGCUCGACUCCUUGCCAAUGGAUGCUUAUACCCAUGGCUGCAUUUUACAUCCUGAGCUAACUGUGGAUUCCAUGAUCCCAGCUUAUGCAACAACAAGGAUUCGCAGCCAAAUUGGUAACACAGAAUCUGAACUGAAGAAACUUGCUGAAGAAAACCCAGAUUUACAGGAGGCAUACAUUGCGAAACAGAAACGACUUAAAUCCAAGCUGCUUGACCAUGACAAUGUCAAAUAUUUGAAGAAAAUUCUUGAUGAGUUGGAGAAAGUCUUGGAUCAGGUUGAAACUGAGUUGCAAAGAAGAAAUGAAGAAACCCCAGAAGAGGGCCGCCAGCCUUGGCUCUGUGGAGAGUCCUUCACCCUGGCAGAUGUCUCGCUCGCUGUCACAUUGCAUCGACUGAAGUUCCUGGGGUUUGCAAGGAGAAACUGGGGAAAUGGAAAGCGACCCAACUUGGAAACAUACUAUGAGCGUGUCUUGAAGAGAAAAACAUUUAACAAGGUUUUAGGGCAUGUCAACAACAUAUUAAUCUCUGCAGUGCUGCCGACAGCACUCCGGGUGGCCAAGAAAAGGGCCCCAAAAGUUCUUGGCACCACCCUUGUGGUUGGUUUGCUUGCAGGAAUGGGAUAUUUUGCUUUUAUGCUGUUCAGAAAGAGACUUGGAAGCAUGAUAUUAGCACUCAGACCCAGACCAAAUUAUUUCUAGGCUUGUGGGGAUCCAGUGGUGACAAUUCACCCUACCAUUUAACUUGACCUUGUCCACUCUGCCAGGCCCAGGGGAGAAUGACCCUGGGCAACAGUUAAAUGCUAUUUUACUUUAUUCUUUGGGUAAUUUAUGCAGGCAGAGGAGGCAAUGAAAUUUUUUUGUGGGCUGGUAGUGUUGAGAUUACUGAUUUUCCAAACUGAACUAAUCUACCCUUAAAAUACUCACAAGGUUAAGGUAUAUAAAUGUGAUUGGUUGAGAGUAGUCCUUGAACUCAAAAUACCAGUUCAAGUUCUGAAUUUUGUGGGGGCAGAGGUUAUUAUUACAAGCAGACAGUAAUAAUAACCUGAGAUUGCCCAUAGCUUUUUAUCUGAGAGUCUCUAGAUAUGCUGAGUGUUGAGGAGUUAGCAGAAUUUCUCCCAGAUGUGAUCUUUGUUACACAGCAUGGGUUCAGACAGCAGCAGGGCACAGCAGUGCUUCAUGCUAGCCCUGCUAGCUUCAGGCAGAAAUAAGGGAGGAAGAGGGAAAGAGAAAGGAUGAAUAAAGUCUACACUGUAUAGUGCAGAGCAGCAGAACGCAACUUUCAGGAGCCUCCAGAACUACUCAGGGCUGCCUGGCCCCUUACUAAGCAUUACUGUGAUGCCCUGUACCUAUGGCCCACACAUCCUCCUACAGCUGAGAACCUUGGGAAAACAAGACUAAGUAGUUACUAGGUGGAGUGGGCUGGAGAAAACCCCAGACUUUAUAUUCACAUUUGACUUUAGAGUUAACUUUAAAUGCAUAUGAAUCACAUGCAUUGACUUAAUAAGAUUAACUGCUUAUAUAUUCGGGUGACAGAUGCCCACUGGAGCAUAUCUGCCUAGCAUUUACGUGAAAACUUAAAGUGAUAUGAAAAUGGUUCCUUUCCUUUCAUGGUUCCCCAAUUUGAUGGUGCCUAUGGACUGUUGUGUCCGGUCACUGGCGACUUGGCCUCUGCAGCCCCUUUUAUGCAUACAAGUGGCAUUUGGUGAGUGUCCAGCUCAUCACUGGCAUGGUAUGUGACUGGGUAGUGGACUUUGUUGAUCUGGGAGCAUUAAAUACACACAUUCUGCAUUUGGAAGGCUGAUGUGUUAACUGAAAAACUAUUAUCAAGGACUUGCAUAUGUUUAUGAUCAUCAACAAAGCUUUAGAAGGUUACAGAGGAAAGGGAGGUUCUAGUCUUAGCCCUUGGCAGUUAAUUUAGGGGAGACAAAAUAAAUGGUUAGACAGUGACAUCCACCAGUAUUCAUUCAUAUAUGUCUAGGCAAUUUAGGGUGUGCCUCAGUCCACGUGGAAGGGAUGAUCACAGUGCAUCCCAUGAACAACCAUGGAGCUGCAUCAUACAAUUUGGCUCAGGAAAAUCUUCAUGGUGACAGGAAGACAGAGUUUUUCUAGAGCUGGGCAGAAAGGUCUUAGGAGUGACAUCCAGUCUUUGGCAGAAAAUAUGUAUAGAGAAUAAGGAACUAAGUUUUCAGCGAACAAUAUAAGCUUGUCUGGACUGCCUCAGAAUGGCUGGGAAAAAUAGCCAAAGACUGGACUGAAUUUUGAUUAAUAGGAAUCAGUCAUAAGUAGUAAACAAUGAUUUUUUUUUAGUUGGUCAAAAGAUUCUAUAAUUUCAUUUCAUGAUACAGUCAUUUCAGAAAAGUUUGAUGAACUGGAUGUUCUCUGUUUAUAAAAAAAUUAAAAACAUUUCUAGUGUAAAUUCAAUUCAACAGUCAUUAAUAGACUAGAAGCUUUUAUAAUGUCUUAAUUUUGCACCUCAGUGCACUGUCGUAUAGAAUGAAAUUUGUUGCUGGAACAUUCUAAUCCGUGUAUUCAUAAAAGAUCCACAAAACUGAUUAUUCAGUAAUUCAUAAUGUUAUUUGUUACACUGUUAGAAGUAGAAACUCAGACAUGAGGAAGUUAAAAUUGGAUAUUUGUAAAAAUCUGCAGAAGUUAUUUACCUAUGUAAGGGUUGUUCAUUAAGAAUAAAGAUUAGAAAUCCAGUGCAGGCUUUUCCUUAAAUUUGUAUCAUUGCAGAAUCAGAGAAAAUGUUCUAAGAAGUGUCUAUAAUUUUUUGAUAUAGUUUCAUUGGAAAUAUUCCUUUGUCAAUAUUAAAGAUGAUGCAUCAUGGCCCCUUCUAGGCUUGUUCUAUGGCUACCCAGGAGAUUAUAUUAUACUUUUAAAAUGUUUGUUUAUGGGUAUCGUGACCACUAGAUGUCGCUGUUCAUCCAGUAGUCUGAGUUGGGCGUUCUUAGGUUCAACAAGCUUUCCGAAAUGUUUCAGCUGAAGAUAAACAUUAAUGACCUCAAUUUUGAAAUGAGGACAUCUUCAUCAAAUCAUUCAUCUGUAGAAAAGCUUGAGGCACAUGUAGUAUUGAUUUAUUCUGAUGCUUUGGAAGGGAUGACACUAUCACACAAAGUCAAGCUAAAGAGCUAAACAUAUACUAUUAGCAAAAUAAGCACUUUUAUGUAUUUUCUUGGUGACUGGCUGAUGUGUUCCUCAGUUUCUCAACUUUGUGUACUAUCAUAAUUAGAAAAAUUUCUGAGGCACUAAAUUUAUGUUGGCUAUUUGUGUCUUAAUGCAUAAAUAUUAUUUUAUUGUCAUAGCAAUUAUAUGCCUUUGGAAUCCAUUUUUUCUUAAUUGUAGAUAGUUGUAAAUUGCUUGCUUGAUUUUUAGUAGUUAUUGAUAUUGAUACCAGAGUCGUAGAUUUUUAGUGUUGUUGACUGUAACAGAGAGAACAAGAUACUGUUCCGCCUGUGAGAUCAA